ACCUCUGUGGAGGAGGAAGAGUUUAGGUUUCAUUUUCGGUUUGCGUCAGAAAAACAUGGAGUCUGAUAUUUGAGUCUAGAGCUAGCUUCAGUCGCAAAAGGCUUAGAUAAGCAUUAUUGAGCUUCAUCUGAGUAUUGAACCCCCUGAAACGUCCCUGCGCGUCGCUUUGCCUUCAGCUCCUGUCAGUUACCGGGUUUCACCGUCGCGUCGUUAAACCCAGUCUGCCAUGUUGGGAGAAGCAGAGCCGCAAUGGCUGACCGAGGAGGUGAAAACAGGAACAACUAUAAUUGCCAUAGAGUUUAAUGGAGGGGUCGUGUUGGGCUCUGACUCCAGAGUGUCUGCGGGGCAGUCGGUGGUUAACAGGGUGAUGAAUAAAUUGUCUCCACUCCAUGAUAAGAUCUACUGCGCCCUGUCAGGAUCUGCAGCAGACGCUCAGACCAUCGCUGAGAUGGUCAACUACCAGCUGGAUGUGCACAGCAUGGAAAUCGGAGAGGACCCACAGGUUCGUUCGGCUGCCACUCUUGUGAAGAACAUCUCGUACAAAUAUAAGGAGGAGCUGUCGGCGCAUCUCAUUGUUGCAGGCUGGGACAGAAGAGAAGGAGGACAGGUUUUUGCUACCCUGAAAGGACUGCUGACCAGGCAGCCCUUUGCUGUAGGUGGCUCAGGUAGCUCCUAUGUUUAUGGAUUUGUUGAUGCUGAGUAUCGCAAAGGAAUGAAUAAGAAGGACUGCCAGCAGUUUGUGGUCAACACCCUCUCUUUGGCCAUGAACCGCGACGGCUCCAGCGGUGGUGUGGCCUACUUGGUGACCAUUGAUGAACAUGGCACAGAGGAGGACGUCAUUCUGGGAAAUGACUUACCCACUUUUUUUGAUCAGUGAUAUUUCUUUCAUCCAUCGGUUUGCAUUACAGCACAGGUGUCAGCUCACCUGACUACUGGGCUGUACUGGGAACCAGUGUGCAUUUAUUGAAAUCAAAUAAAUUGCUUUUUUUUCUAAAUCUGA